AUGGUGCCUUCCCCAACACCCAUUCCCCAUCCGGGCCCUGCUACUGCUGGUGUGUCUCAAACAUCUCUUCAACCAAUUCCCACCGAACAAGCUAUGGAAGAUGCCAUGAUGAGGUCAAGCCUGACCCCAGAACUGGUUCUUGGGAAGCGAACGCGUCAAGUUGAUGGUUCAACAGAUGGUAAUGAUACUGAACCUGAUGACGGACCCCCUUCGACAAUGCAGCCUCAAUCAUUGCCUUCCAUUAGCAAUGUAGCAGCUGCGACUCUACAUUAUGUAUCGAAGAAGAAGCUUCGUCCUGAGCAACGUGAUGAGGUAGAUGCCUUCUUGUUGGACACGGUGCUUGGACGACAGGCCAAGUUAUUUGCAUGCAUCCUGUCCUUAGAAAACAAAAUCGAUACUUUCCGAUCAGCUGCACCACCCUACCAAUUAUCUGACGAGCUUAAAACCAAUAUCACUAACUAUGGCAUAGCCGUCUUGCUUUCCAUCAAUGUCAGUGCUUAUAAGGGCGACAUCCCUCGUAACCAUGUUCUUGAUAUUCUCAAGAGGUAUCGUUUUGAUUUGCCAGCGGGCAUUGAGCACGAUUAUGCCAACUGGGAGAAGAUAUCAACGUUUGUCGGUUAUUCACUAACUCAAACCCGUGCCAGAGUGAAGAAAUUGAUUAAAGACAGUAUAAAGGCAAAUACCAAUAUAUUUUCGCUUGCGCAGAUGAUUGUUCACUCCACACCUUGUCGCACGACGAUCCAGCUGUGCUCCCGUGUUGCGCUCAUGCAUGUGGUUCACGCCGAAUGCAAUGGUGGCAAAAAAUUUUGGAAUCUGACCGAUGCACGCCUUGAAUUUAUCCGAACAAGAGCAGGAUCCUCGGCCUCUAAAACAGCGAGGGCAUUCAAUGAAAUCCUGAAGAUUGAUCGAGCUACAUACGGUGCGGCGGAAGAAUAUGUGAUUGGGGAUACUGUUCCCGAUGAGUGGCAGCAGCGUGUUGAUGAUGUAGUUGCAGGGAUAGAUAUAGUGUGA